AUGGACUGCCGCGCUGGGGCUGGGGCGUCGGGGUACGGCGAGGGGGGCGAGGACGACGGGGAUGAGGACGAGGAGCGGGAGGGCGGCGCCGCGGGGCUGGGGUCCAAACUGCCCCCUAUUGGGGGCAGUGCCUCAGAGUUGACCAAGCGGAAAGUGAAGAAGAAAAAGAAGAAAAAGACCAAAGGGUCGUGCAAGGGGGACGCAGAUAAACAUCAGAGUCGGAGCCUGAAAAGCCAGCAGCUUUCUUCAUCCUCUCAUGACAUCUUAAAUCCCAGCAAAGACCACGGCCCAAGGCCAGAGCGCAGACAGGACAAACAGGAAAGCAAGCACAUCCCUCCUUACUCUUCCUCUGUCAGUCUCCCCCACUUUGCCGAAGUCGCAGAGAAUCUUUCGAACCAGAGCAACGAAAGUCUGCGCUGGGAUGGAAUUCUCUCUGACCCAGAGGCAGAAAAAGAGAGGAUCCGCAUAUAUAAACUGAAUCGGAGAAAGCGGUACCGGGUUUUGGCCCUCAAAGGCUUCCACUCUGAUCCCUGUGCCGAGGAGACCCCUGAAAACUUGCCCUACCUCUCAGACAAAGACUGCGGCUCCACCGGCAGGCAACCGGCAGUGAAAGGUGACCGCCCCAAUCACUGCUUUGAAGGAAACUUCAUCCCGAAGCCCCUGCACUCUGAUUUAGUUCCUCUUCUGCCAGAGUAA